GCAGCUGCAGUAGCGUUUUUUAAUUUCAGCUGCCAUCACCUUUGGACUUAAUGAGAUUAGAUUAGACUUCCCCACCCCCUCCAGACAAAAGAAGAAAAAUUUGAAUCCAAUUACUUGACUUCCUGUAGCCCGUAAUCGAAGAUGAAUGGCAACAAGCAGCAAGUGAGGGUCUGGUGUGAUGGAUGUUACGACAUGGUUCACUUUGGACACGCCAAUUCAUUACGGCAGGCCAAGGCCAUGGGUGAUUACUUGGUUGUUGGCGUCCAUAAUGAUGAAGAGAUUACCAAACAUAAAGGACCUCCUGUUUUCACCGAAGAGGAGAGAUACAAGAUGGUCAGAGGAAUCAAGUGGGUUGAUGAGGUCAUUGAAGGAGCGCCAUAUGUCACCACUCUGGAGACUCUUGAUAAAUAUGACUGUCAAUUCUGCGUUCAUGGCGAUGAUAUCACGACUACGGCAGACGGCGUGGAUACGUAUCACAUAGUGAAAGCAGCCGGACGUUACAAGGAAUGUCAGCGAACCCAGGGUGUUUCGACGACGGACCUCGUCGGUCGCAUGUUACUUCUGACGCGAGGACAUCAACAACGAGGCGAUAGCGAGUACAAAGUCGAACGUUCGAGGACCGAGUCCAUGAGCGAAGACUCGUCGGCUCGUUCGCCUUGGACGGGAGUUUCUCAAUUCCUUCCGACCACCCAGAAAAUCAUUCAAUUCAGCGAAGGCAAAGAGCCAAAACCCGGAGAUCGAAUCAUUUACGUGGCCGGUGCUUUCGAUUUGUUCCACGUCGGUCAUUUAGAUUUUCUGGAGAAAGCUAGAGCCGAAGGGGAUUACUUGAUUGUCGGACUGCACACCGACCCGGUGGUUAACCAAUACAAAGGAGCCAAUUACCCCAUUAUGAACCUCCAUGAAAGGGUCCUCUCGGUGCUGGCCUGUCGGUACGUCUCGGAAGUAGUCAUUGGUGCACCUUAUUCAGUGUCGAAGGACAUGAUGGACCAUUUCAAGGUGGACCUUGUUGUACAUGGCGCCACGCCAGUCGCUACCGACGUCGACGGUGAAGAUGGCGACCCUUACGAGGAACCCAAACGGCGCAACAAGUUUAUGUUGGUGGAUUCCGGCAGUACGAUGACGACCGAGCUGCUCGUUCAACGCAUCAUCUCUAAUCGGUUGUCGUUCGUCGAACGCAAUCAGAAGAAAGAGGCCAAAGAGGCGAAUCUAUGGAAAGCCAUGACUACGGACCAGUGACGCCUUUAUCGAUCCAACGAGCUUAAAAAAGAAAGUGUCAUCUCUUUCCUGUUCUUUAACCUCCAUUUUUAAAAACAUAACGCAGUCAUCACAAUCCAACAUACACCCACCUGACUAUAAAAGCCAAUUUAUCUCAAACUUUGUUGAAUUCAUUUCCAUUUUGAUAGUCAGCAACUUCAGUUAAAUCCUGAAAUUAUUCAUGUAGCUUACUAAAUGUAAUACAACUUAUUCAAUGUAAA